AUGUUUGUUUUAUUUACAGAUAAAUAUUACGUUGUUGAUGCUGGAUAUCCAAAUACGAGAGGGUAUCUUGCUCCAUACAAAGGCACAAAUAUUCGUUAUCAUUUACCAGAUUUUCGACGUGGACACACGGCUGCUAUUCGAGAACCUCGUGGACCGAAAGAGAAAUUUAACUAUCUCCAUUCAUCAUUGCGAAAUAUCAUUGAACGAACUUUUGGAGUGUGGAAAGCUAGGUGGGCGUUAUUAAGAGACAUGCAUGUUAAUUACAAGUACAAGAACCAAGUGAAAAUUGUGAUAGCAUCGAUGGCGAUCCAUAACUACAUUCGAAAGGUUGGUAGGUUUGAUGAAGCGUUUAAUAGGGCACAACAAGAAUCCUACAAUCCCGUACGAGGUGAUACCGGUAGUGAUGUUUAUGAAGAAGGUCCAAGUACACGUCGCACGAGCAAUGAUGAUUUAUAUAUGGCAGCGAGACGGGAUAUUAUUGCACAAGAUAUAAUCACAUUACGUAGAUGA